CUGUUUCUUGGAGAACAUGCCACAGAUCUAACCCUUCAUUUACUUUUUUCACCAACCAAUAAACUCUCAGCCUCAGCUAUAAAAACCAAAGCCUUUUCCUCUACUGGUCCACCUGCUUCGUCUCUCGUCUUCCUUCUUCCGCAUCGUUCUCUCUCAAUUUCUCGAUCUUUCCGUCAAAAACCAUGUCUGCCUUCACCAGCAAAUUCGCCGAUGAGCUGAUCGCUAAUGCUGCCUACAUCGGCACACCCGGAAAGGGUAUUCUCGCCGCCGAUGAAUCCACCGGCACAAUCGGAAAGCGUCUCGCGAGCAUCAACGUCGAGAACGUUGAGACCAACAGACGUGCUCUCCGUGAGCUUCUCUUCACCGCUCCUGGUGCUCUCCCUUGCCUUAGCGGUGUCAUCCUCUUCGAGGAAACUCUUUACCAGAAGAGUUCCGAUGGCAAGCUAUUCGUUGAUAUCUUGAAGGAAGGAGGAGUUCUUCCAGGUAUCAAAGUUGACAAGGGUACCGUCGAGCUAGCCGGAACCAACGGUGAGACCACCACUCAAGGUCUUGACGGUCUCGGCGACCGUUGCAAGAAGUACUACGAGGCUGGUGCUCGUUUCGCCAAGUGGCGUGCAGUCCUCAAGAUCGGCGAGAACGAGCCAUCAGAGCUUUCCAUCCACGAGAACGCCUACGGAUUAGCCAGAUACGCUGUUAUCUGCCAAGAGAACGGUCUUGUGCCCAUCGUUGAGCCAGAGAUCCUCGUUGACGGAUCCCAUGACAUCCACAAGUGUGCUGCUGUGACCGAGCGUGUCCUUGCAGCUUGCUACAAGGCUCUUAGCGACCACCACGUCUUGCUUGAAGGAACUCUCUUGAAGCCUAACAUGGUCACGCCUGGUUCAGACAGUCCCAAGGUUGCACCAGAAGUCAUAGCUGAGCACACCGUCCGUGCCCUUCAGAGAACCGUCCCAGCAGCUGUCCCAGCCAUUGUGUUCUUGUCCGGUGGACAGAGUGAGGAGGAAGCAACCAAGAACUUGAACGCGAUGAACCAGUUGAAGACGAAGAAGCCAUGGUCGUUGUCUUUCUCGUUCGGGCGUGCGUUGCAACAGAGCACAUUGAAGACAUGGGCAGGGAAAGAGGAGAACGUCAAGGCCGCUCAAGAGGCUUUGUAUGUGAGGUGCAAGGCUAACUCUGAAGCCACGCUUGGGACUUACAAAGGUGAUGCUAAGCUUGGUGAUGGAGCUGCUGAGAGCCUUCACGUGAAGGAUUACAAGUACUGAGAGAAUCGUCGUCGUCAAUGGUUUCUGUUGUGACGUCAUCAUCGCCCUCGAUGUAUUUCUAAGGGUUUUUACUCUCUCUUUUUUUUCUUUUGACAUUAUCGGAGUAACGAAUGCUUUUUUGUUUGUUUUCAGUUUCUUUUCGAUUUGUGUUUUGAUUUCGGCAGGGCCGAGUCUAUGUUAUGGAUUGAGAAACUAGUUUUAAUAAAACUCUUGAAAGUUUAUUUUUUCCAAAA